CGUUCUAAAAGUCUAAUAAAACCCUAUACAAAUAUUAUAUCAUCAGAAAAGAUAAUCAGUGCAACAAUAACAUCAGAUAUGUCCAAUGACAAUGUACAGAAUGAAUUCAUCAAUAAAAGACCAUCUUCAGCUAGUAAUUAUGUAUGGAAAUCCGUAUUGUCUACAGAUAAUGCCAGCCAGACGAGUAGUACAACAGCUAAUAAUAACAGAGUUUGGAUAAGACCAAAAUCAUCAGUACAAAAGAAUAAAUUGACUCCUGAGGAAGUACAUUCCACUGGUAGACUGAAUUCAAGUAACAAUAACAAACCCGGUGUACGUUUCGACAUAAAAAGUAAUGCUGUAUACGAAUUCUAUCCCUAUGAUAUAAUUUACAAAUCAUAAGCAUAUCUACAUAUAUGUAUUAAAAAAGGAUGUUUCAAUUCACUGAAAUAUACCCAAAAGUGAAGAUGGUAAAUCACUAACAGUCAUGAAAUAUAUAAGAGAAAAGGGAAAAUGAAACAAAAGAUGCAUCAAGGUUAGUUGAAACAACAACAACAAAAGGUUUAUUGGAACCUGGACAAGUGUUCGUCUGUUUAUCUGUAACUGAUAUUGUCUUCCUUGAUGUUUUUGUUUUGUUUUCUACCUGUCUCUGAU